AUGAGCGCCUGGCAGCUGCCUCCUGACAGCGAUACGCAGAAUCCCCAGCCUGCUGAAAUAGACAGACGGUUGGAAAAGAAGCUGAAGAUCACACAGAAGGAAAGCAGAAAGUCAAAAUCUCCUCCCAAAGUGCCGAUCGUGAUUCAGGACGACAGCCUUCCUGCAGGUCCUCCCCCGCAGAUCCGCAUCCUGAAGAGGCCGACGACCAACGGCGUCCUCAGCAACCCCAACUCCGCCAGCAGGCCGGCCUUCCCCGUCAAAUCCCUGGCGCAGAGGGAAGCGGAGUACGCGGAAGCCAGGAAACGAAUAUUGGGCAGCGCGAGCCCCGAAGAAGAGCAGGAGAAGCCCAUCCUUGACAGGCCGCCGAGGCUCUCCCAGCCAGAAGACACCAGACAGCCCAACAAUGUGAUCAGGCAGCCCCUGGGUCCCGAUGGCUCACAAGGCUUCAAACAACGCAGAUAAACGCGGGCGGGAGAUGCCGCUGCGGAAGGCAGGGUCCGCCGCCACGGGUCGCGCUGCCGGGACGGCCAAACGGACUCGAGCAAAGGGAACUCCCUGGUUUAUUUGCACUGUGAUUCCCCCUUUGCUCUGCCCACUGUGACCUUCAACCCCCACGCACUGUGACCUCCCCUCUCCACCCACUGUGACCGAGAAGGGCUGUCCCCGAGGCGCUGGAGAAAGGAGAAAAAAAAAAAAAAGGGGGGGACGACGAGGCAGAGAGGGGGGGAUGUGUGUGUGUAAAGGACUCGGAGGGGUGCAGGGAGCCGUGUGUGUGCCACGUGGGUUGAAGCUAGCGCCAGCAAUAAUGUUUGUUGUACCCAUAACCUGGGAUUUAAGGAAAAAAAAACAACCUAUGGGAAGCCUCCCCAGACGUGCAUGUUGUCCUCCUCACUUUAAGAGCAAGUUCUGUUUUCAAAGGAUCUCUUUAUAUUUUAUUUUUAUUGUUUUUUGGUUUUUGUUUUUUUUUCCUGGUUGUUUUCUGUAUAUCGGAUCAACGGAGUGCAUGGGAAAGGUUUUAACUGGGUUUGUUUUCAUUGAGAGAAGGUAGUUAAGCGUUCGGGGGAAAAAAAAAAAAAAAAAGGAGUUUCCGUGAAUUUCUGCGACUUUUAACGGCUCGGGUUUGAUGAAAGCUCUUGCUUCUUGGUCUCUCUUUCCUACUGCUGCCAAGCUCCUGGGAGUGGAUUCCCGGAUACCCGGCUUUUCCCAUCCGGAGUCCGACCACUGAGUUUACGUCUUGCACCUGGUAAAGCUUGGCUGGUAUUUUUCUGCUGGCUUGGAAGAAAAAGCUUCAAACACAUCUUUAUUUUAUUUUUUUUUUGUGGUUUUGGUUUUUUUUUUUUUCCUGUUUUUUUUAUAUUUGGGGAGAAUAUCCCGUGGAAUCUGUCCCGAGACAGAUCCCGUGGAAAAAGCCGCUCUUUUGCGGCGGAGAGAGCCAACGCGGCGAAGGAUCAGGGCUCCGGUGUGAGGAGAGGAACCGGCACCGCUCCGAGGAAUUAACGGGGUGAGGAGGAGCCUGGGGACAUCCCGAGGGUCUCAACCCCGAGCGACGAAGCCUCAAGUCCCGUCUCCAUCACGGUACGAGCUGCGUUUGCCUCCCCAAAUCCACGGAUGGCAGGAACAAACCCGGCGUUGGAUAAAGCCUGGAUGAUUUCCCCCUGUUUUUUCCCUGUUUCGGGGAUGGGAUUUUCCUCCUCCGGCUCCCGGGAAGAGGCUGGUGGUCCUCAAGAAGGUGGAUGUUUCCCCCCCUCCCCACCUCCAACCCCCGGGGGGGAUGAAGCUGACCUAAUUAAUCUCGCUUAAUACGGAGGGAUUAGAUGAACACUAAACGCUCUCCUCGGAGGGGAACGGUACCUAGAAACCAAUUUCUGGUUAUCGGUGGAUUAUCCUCUACGGGUGCAGCCCUUCCUGCCGCUUCGUGCUCAGUAGGUUCAAGGGUUAACGAGCAAAAUCUUCAUUAAAGCCACCUUCCACCCGAAGGGAGGAAGUGACCGGACAAAAAAGACGUGUAUGGAAAUACGGCUUAAAAAGAAAAAAAAACAAACAAACAACAAAAAAACAAAAGAAAAACGGUAAAAUAAAACUACCUGUGUAUAAAAAGAAUCUGCUAGAGCGUUAAUUAGCUGAUUAAAGCACCCAGGAUGGUGGGGAUGGGCGGGCAGAUGUCACCCCAACCGCCGGUGCUUUAUUUUUUUGGGGAGGGUUUAUAUUUAUCCCCAGCCAGAAUGAGCCCCCGGGGUUGGGGGGGAGGGGGAGUGGGAGGGGAGAAGGACGUCAGCAAUAACCGUUAGUCACCGCAACUUUCCUUAAUUAUUACUAAAAAUAGCUUUUAAUGGCCAAAAAACAACAACACACCCCUCCAAAUUCACCCGAUUCGCGGUGUAGCCGGCCAGCGUUAAAGCUGCCACCUCUUAGCACUGAAAUCUUGAUCUCCGGCACCGAAAUCUCUAUUUCUGGCACCGAAAUGUCCAUUUUUUUUUUUUUUUGGCACUAAAAAUCUCUGUCUCCGGCACCGAAAUCUCCCGGUUCCUCCGUCCCGGUGCCCAGGACACGUCCCGCCUGCGGGCAGGGCUGGGCGCUCGUUCCUGCCCCGGAGGAUAAACACGGUACCGCCUGUUGGGUUUCUCUUUUUUUUUUUUAUUCACCCCAAAAACGUGCGCCGAAAAGAAAAAAACGUUUUAUAAAAUUGUAUUUUAAAUAAAUGUCUUUAAACUUUUAA